AGACCUCACAUGACAUGGUGAGGAAAUUGCUCGAAGCUUUGAUGGGAAAUCUGGGAGUAGAACUAGACGACUCGAAGAUGGAUGCAUUCAUAGGAAAGAAGAUGGUUAACAUGAACUUCUAUCCAACAUGUCCCAACCCUGAACUCACAGUCGGUGUGGGACGUCAUUCCGAUAUGAGUACUCUUACAAUCUUAUUACAAGAUGGGAUCGGUGGUUUGUAUGUCAGAGUUCCUGAAGACGUUGACAUGGAAAAGAAGGGAGAGUGGAUAGAGAUUCCCCCUAUUCCCGGUGCCAUUGUCAUCAACGUUGGAACAAAAGUGCAGAGCAUAGAGUGCGAACUACACGCACAAAAUCUCGAGUGUCAACAACAAUAUUCGUAAGCCCACAACCCACACAAAG